CUCUUUACUGUUCUAAGAAGGGCUAGCGAGGCAGCGAUGCGGGCACUGAAUUCCCUGGAAGCGCGCGUCAGCUGGAUGCAGCUAGCGGGGGCCUGGCGUUUUUCUGGGGCUUCUGUGAGAAUAGUGUUGGGUGAAAGGUAGGGGAAGCUGUGGUUGGAAUCUUGCCCCAGGAAGAGAGCGACCCUCGGCGGAAGGAUUUCUGUGCCAAGGCAACGGCGGCUGAGCUGGGAAGGCGACUCGUGGAGAGAGCUUUCCACUUUCAGGAAGAGCAGGAUCUCGCCCGGCAGCUCCGUAGAGUAGGGAGGGGAAGGAGGAGGGAGAAGGAGGAGUGGGAGACCUGGAAGCGGAGGAAGCCGCAGCCCAGCAGCGCCGUGGGCAUUUCCCUCUCCUUGACAGCCCUGCCGAGAGGUCGUUUUAUACACACACAAGCAGGACCUUCUCAAGCGUUCCGGACACGUCAGUAGUUCAUUCUGGGGAGGUGAGUGCCAGGCGGCGGCGGCGCUGACUCCCGGGAGCUGGGCUCCGCACCUCUGCUCCCGGAGCUGCCAACCGACUACCUGGGGACAGGGACAGCUGUCGCGCUCGGACCUCCUCCGUGGACCCUUUCUGGGCGCGCCGAGCCAUGGAUGGCGCGGAGCUGGUCGGGAAGAUCGUUUACACCUGGCUGACUCUGGUGCUCGGCUUCAUACUCCUGCCUUCGGCCUUUGGGGUGUCUUUGGGCAUCUCCGAGCUCUACAUGAAGAUCCUGGUGAAAACUUUAGAGUGGGCCACGUUACGAAUUGAAAAAGGAGUCUCAAAGGAAUCAGUUCUUAAAAACUCAGCUUCUGUUGGUAUUAUCCAAAGAGAUGAGUCACCCAUGGAAAAAGGGCUGUCUGGUCUGCGAGGAAGGGACUUUGAGCUGUCUGACGUGUUUUAUUUCUCCAAGAAGGGAUUGGAAGCCAUUGUGGAAGACGAAGUGACCCAGAGGUUCUCCUCAGAGGAGCUAGUGUCAUGGAAUCUCCUCACAAGGACCAAUGUAAAUUUCCAGUACAUCAGUCCGAAGCUCACCAUGGUGUGGGUGCUGGGCGUCAUAGUGCGCUACUGUGUCCUACUACCUCUGAGGGUUACCUUGGCUUUCAUUGGGAUCAGUUUUUUGGUUAUAGGAACUACCCUGGUUGGACAGCUGCCAGAAAGCAGCCUCAAAAACCGGCUGAGUGAACUGGUCCACCUGACUUGCUGCAGGAUCUGUGUUCGUGCCCUCUCUGGUACCAUUCAUUAUCAUAACAAGCAGUACAGACCCCAGAAGGGAGGCAUUUGUGUUGCCAACCAUACUUCACCUAUAGAUGUUUUGAUCUUGACAACGGAUGGGUGCUAUGCUAUGGUUGGCCAGGUUCAUGGUGGAUUGAUGGGAAUUAUUCAGAGAGCUAUGGUCAAGGCUUGUCCACAUGUCUGGUUUGAACGCUCAGAAAUGAAGGACCGACACCUGGUUACUAAGAGACUAAGAGAACAUAUUGCUGAUAAGAAAAAAUUACCCAUAUUAAUCUUUCCUGAAGGAACUUGCAUCAACAAUACUUCAGUCAUGAUGUUUAAAAAGGGAAGCUUUGAAAUUGGAGGAACCAUAUAUCCAGUUGCAAUUAAGUAUAAUCCUCAGUUUGGCGACGCAUUUUGGAACAGUAGUAAAUACAACAUGGUGAGCUACCUGCUUCGAGUGAUGACCAGCUGGGCCAUUGUCUGUGAUGUGUGGUACAUGCCCCCCAUGACCAGAGAGGAAGGAGAAGAUGCAGUCCAGUUUGCUAACCGGGUUAAGUCUGCUAUUGCCAUACAAGGAGGGCUGACUGAGCUUCCUUGGGAUGGAGGGCUGAAGAGAGCCAAGGUGAAGGACACCUAUAAGGAAGAGCAGCAGAAGAAUUACAGCAAGAUGAUUGUGGGCAACGGAUCUCUCAACUCAGAAUUAGACUGAAUGCCACCCAGGCUUUCCAGAACUAGUCCUUAGAAAUGGAAUGUGGUGGAGUAUUUUUUGGAGGGGAAGGCGUGUUGUUUUGUUUUACCGUUUUUGUUUUUUAUUGUUAAUCUUUUCUACCGAGUGAUUGUCUCUACCUCUUUAUGCCAGAGGCAGAACCCACGGUGCCCUUUUUGGCUUUUGUUGUUAUAGCAUUAGCCUCAUGAACUGUAAGGUAGUUCACUGAGUUUGAACAGAUUCUCUUUUGUAAAAUGAUGACGUCAUUGUAGAUUGAAUGAAAUAUUUGUACAGGAAAACGUGCUUCUAAAACACUUUGGGAACUCGUGUUUGGAACUCGUUGAUAUGGUAAUUCUCAAGAAAAUACCCCAAACUUUGUUCAUGAUCAGCUUUCUCACGCUCUUUCCUCCCACUCCCUUUAAUCACUGAAACAGGGAUUACACACCAGUUUGAGUUACUAUCAUGGUUUUGUUCUACUACAAGGUUGAAAAGAAAAAUGGAAGACAGUACUUAGGAGAAAGGACAGCUUUGUGGCCACUUGAUCUGGAAGUUGAAAGGAAAUUAAAUAUUUUUUACUAGCGUGUUAGAAGAGACAUCCUGUUUGGUGAGCUUUACCAAAGGAAAGUGAGUCCACGUGACUAUGUGUGCACACUUCUCUGCAGGCAACUUGCAAAUAAACAUAUGUUAGCCAGCAACUAGUGAUAAAGUUUUUAGUUUUCCCGUUUGUUUACUAAAGGUACAUACCUAAGGUGUCUCCCAUCUACUGAUUUGUUUGAUCUUGUAACCAAACACAUUUCAGAUAGGAGGAGCCUUUGACAAAACCACAGAUCACACUGAGUGUCUUCAGCGGGGGUAGGAGGAGUGAAGUGUGUGGCACUGUCCUUCCCCCUCCACCCCUUUGUCCUUUAUUUCAGAACUUUCCCAGUUCCUUAAACAGGAAAAUAAAUGGUAAAAUUACCUUUUGGAAACUGAGCCUUAAAUUUUUUAAAGGGGAAAAUAAGUGUUUCCCGACUCCGCAGCAUAAGCAAUGUUGAUAGCAAUAUAGUGCAAUCAGAGUGUUAUUCCUCUGCUGGUAACCAUGUACAAAAUGUGACACUGUCUUACGGUGAAUAUAAAUAAAUUCUAUAUUUCUAAA